AUGGAUUCUUUGGCGUCAAGUUCAUCCAAGAUCAGUUGGCUCUGGGUUCUAACUCACAUCUUCGCGCCUGGGCUGGUUCUUUCUGGGCUUUACAAAUAUCUGGUAGACCCUCUAAGACGGGUUCCCGGACCUUUCAUAGCCAAGUUCACGGGGGCAUGGAUGCUAUAUAUUGAUCUCUCCGGUCAGCGAAGUGCUACAGUUCACCGGCUACACAAGAUUUAUGGACCAGUCGUACGCGUUGGCCCCGGCGAGGUCUGCUUCGCCUCACCUGCAGCGCUCAAGGAGAUAUAUGGAGCCAACUCUAAAUACCUCAAGGCGCCUGUUUACGGUUCCUUGGGGUUCAGAAGCACGUUCACGACACGCAAUAGAGAUGAAUAUCGCGGAAUGAAGAAGCGUAUCGUCCCCAGUUUCAGUUCCACUUCCAUCUCUGAGAUUGAACCAAUAGUCCAUCGACAAUUGGAUCUGUUGGUAAAGAGCUUUGAUAAGAGGGUAGACCAGCCUCUCAAUGUUCUCCCGUGGUUUCGUAUGCUAGCACUUGGUAUAGUCGGGGAAGGGUUCGCCGAUGAUAGCUUUGGUGGAUUGGAGAACGAAAAGCUUCCGGAGUUACUCAAUCAUAUCGAUGAGGUCUUCCCGGUUCUUUGGACCAAGUGGAUGUUCCCGCUUACGACUGCAGUCCUCGAAUAUGCCCCAAUCAAGUCUAUCCAAUCAUUCCUUCAAGCUGCGCCAAAAUUCAAAAAGUACUGCAGUAAUGCCUACGAAAAAUAUCUUGCGACCCAUAAUCCUUCGGAGCACCAUGAUCUUAUUGCAAGAAUGGUCAACGAGCAAAGGGAACUUCAGAAGAAGGGAGAGAUUCUACCAUUCCAUGUGACUGACGACGGGAUUGUUCAAGAGCUCACAAACUUGAUGUUUGCAGGCACCGAUACCACAGGUACUACACUCACAUAUCUCUUCUGGGAACUCGCUCGCCAUCCUGAAUGGAUUUCGAGACUCCGCGAGGAGAUUAAUGAGGCUCUUCAAGGGCGAGAUACCUUCAGCUACUAUGAAAUUUCGGAACUUCCUAUAUUGGAGGCAGUCAUUCAAGAGAUUCUUCGGGUACGACCAGCAGGUCCGGGUGGGCUGCAACGAUUAACUCCGGAAGAAGGGGCGGUCGUUGACGGCGUGACUCUUCCUGGUAAGGUUAUAAUUUCAUGCCAAGCUAUGAGUUCUCAGAGAGAGCCUACCAUCUUUGACGAUCCAGAUCGCUUCAACCCGCAACGGUGGCUUGAUGGAGAGAAGAACGGCAACGCUGAUAUCAUGCGCGAACAAAUCUUGGUCUUUGGUAAGGGGGCGCGAGCUUGUCUUGGAAGGAGACUGGCUACAAUGGAGCUCAAGUGUGCCGCUGCCAUCGUGGCAAGAAGAUAUAAUGUCAAGAUCGGGAGCCCGACCACGGACAAUGAUAUGGAAAUGACUGAUCAUUUUGUACUCAUUCCGAAGGGAGGUAAAUGCUUGCUAGAGCUCUCCAGGGCAUGA